AUGGCUUCUCACCAAGGUCAGGUGAUUGCAAUCACGGGCGCAGCAAGUGGCAUGGGACUAGCUACUGCUCAGCUACUGGCAUCACGGGGCGCUAUAAUAUCCCUCGCCGAUUUGAACGAGGAAGCACUGAAGGUAGCAAUUAAGUCACUUCCAGGCGGACAUGAGAAGCACAUCCUUACCCGCGUUGAUGUCCGUGAUGAAGGGUUAGUUGAUGCAUGGAUAGAAAAGACCAUGUAUCGAUAUGGAAGACUUGACGGAGCCGUGAAUAUGGCCGGAGUCUUGGGACCCUCCGCGUCAGUCACCGAGCUUACAAAGAAGAGGUUUGAAUUUGUUCUAUCAGUGAAUGUUUCUGGUGUCUUCAAUUGUCUCCAUGCCCAACUUAAGGUUAUGAAGAAGGGCAGCAUUGUCUCGGCAGCUAGUACUUUCGGACAGAUAUCCAUGCCCAAUUCCUCCGCAUACUGCGCUAGCAAAGCAGCUGUGAUCGCCCUAUCAAAGUCGGCUGCAAAGGAAGACAGGAAUGUUCGAAUCAACUGCGUUGCCCCAGGAACUGUACUCACUCCAAUGUCUGCCCACGGCGACCCAAAACGAUCGGAGUCGGGUAUAAUGGAGAAUGCACAGAAAAGAGUUGGAUCGCCGGAUGAGGUCGCUAAAGUCAUCGCUUUUCUACUGAGCGAUGAGUCAAGCUUUGUGACUGGGGCUGUACACAAUGUCGAUGGAGGCUGGGUAUACUAA